AUGAUAAACUUUAAGUGGUUCUUCGUUAUAUCACUUGCCCUUCAUGGGACUCUCACCUUAGCGCACUCUAACACCCUGACUAGUCGAAGUUUGGGUCACUGCAAUUUCAAGAUACUGACGAGCACCUUCUUGUUCUCGCCUUACGAUGAGAUUUGCGUUCUGGAUAAGGAGGCCACUUCCGGCCCUUACUACGUGUCUGGUGAGCAUAUUCGGCAGAAUAUCUCCGAGACACAGCUAGGGAUUUCCUUAUACUUGGAGCUCCAACUUAUCGACGUCAACACAUGCCAGCCAGUUCAAAACGCCUUCCUCGAUCUUCCAGCGAGCGGAAACGCUGACGACACAGCCAACGUCAACACAACGUUCUUCCGGGAGAUCCAAAAGACCGAUGCCUUUGGCGUUGCCAGAUUCGAGACCAAAUUCCCUGGCCACUAUGCCCUCCGUGCAACCCAUAUUCAUGUUAUCGUUCAUGAGAACCCACACGUGCUACCGAAUGGUACGCUUGGGCAUAGAACUGGUAGCAUCGCACAUGUUGGCCAGGUGUUCUUUGACCAGACUCUUAUUGACCUCGCUGACACAAUUUAUCCACAUACCCAAAACACCAACGUUAUGGUUACAAAUCAAGAAGAUGGAGACUCCCUCGAAGAUGGACUAGUGGCAUGGAUGGCAUUUGGAAUCAACACAACCAGCGACUAUACAGAUACUGUUCAAGAAACUAGUUUCUACGGAGAUGAGGGCGGGGAGACCAACGAAAACUACUAUAUCACGAAGCUAGGACCACUAGAAACUGUUCCUAGCGGCGUCCCUACCCCGUCAGCCUUCACAACAACUAUCGGUCUCUAG